GCCAUCUGUGCAGCUUCUUCCGCGGUUUGGUAUUUUUUAACUGAUAAUUAUUUCGAACAAAAUUUGGUUAAAUCAGUGUGAUUAUAAUUCGUAGUAUAACGUCAAGCGAUUAAUUUUUCACGUAGUUUUCACACUUAAAAGAAAAGAAGGCAAUAUGCGUUGGCAAAUUCGGUCGCAUUUGCAACCUCCGACGGAAGAACAACACUGAGAUUUACAAGACUCAAUUAUCCCUUCCUUCUCGGAGGUUCCUCCCACGAAGGAGAAUUACAAGCGGUAAAUAAUACUUCGGCAGUCGAACUGAUUGCUUAAUACAUGAAACGUACAAGGCUAUGUGAACCCGUCAGAUACUCGAAAAUACAAAAAAUUCACGCAAUGGCCGAUGCGGUGAUCGAUUUAACAGAGGAUCCACCCGUCAACGAGUCAAGCGAAAAAGACUUCGGUGCUGAAACAGAAGACAGCGACGGUCCGGAAUGCGCAGUUUGUCUACAGCCCUGCGUUCACCCAGCUCAGCUUCCUUGCAGUCAUGUAUUUUGCUUCCUCUGUGUGAAAGGGGUCGCAAACCAGAGUAAACGGUGCCCAAUGUGCCGGCACGAGAUCCCACCUGACUUUCUUGAAAAACCUCGGCUUGUGGAACUUGAAGAAUUGGUCAAAACCAUUCAGGUUACAGAGGAGGAACAGUAUCGCUGGUUCUACGAAGGACGCAAUGGCUGGUGGCAAUAUGAUCAGCGAACAAGUUCAGAACUUGAAACAGCGUACAAGCAGGGACUAAGAUCCUGUGAGCUGCUCAUAGCUGGUUUCCUAUACAUCGCAGAUUUUGGAUGCAUGCUUCAAUUGCGUCGUAAUGAUCCUUCUAGGAGGAGAAAAAUUAAACGCGAUCUAUGUACUAUACCUAAGAAGGGAGUGGCUGGAUUGAGACUCAAUGGAAGGGCAGAAGAGCCCAUUGUGAGGGAAAUAAGAGGCGCAGAGAGACCAGCCAGUCCUGUGAACAAUGCCGCCAAUACUACCUGAUCAUCACGUACAUGAAAUCCAUGUACAAUUUAACUAUAAGCACGUAGAAUAUAAGAGAUUGAUAUACAGUAUACAUAUUAGGGUGAGCCAAAAAAAUCGACUAUUUUUUUUUCACUUUGUACUCCCAAAACUUGGUUGGUAGAGACCUCAAAAACAUUCUCUCGAAGUAUGAGCUCUUAAUUUUAAUAGGAAGGUCCUCUGCCUCGCAGUUUUCUAUUUUUUUUCUUAUGGUGAGGAAGAAAAAUACAUAUCUCGGUAUCUAUAUUUAUAAAAAAAAAUAUGUAUCAUAUUUUCGUAGGAAAUUGAAUUCUCUACAAAAAAAGGUCUGUUACAAUUUUUUUGUAUACCUCACUGCUCAGAAGAUAUUCACCGUCAAACUUCAAUGCACACUAUUUUUAACAGUGGUGUUAGUUGCACAAGACAAACAGACGAAGCGAUAGGAUUUAAAACAAAAAUCCUCUCGAGCGAAACAUUUUAUGUAUAAUUUGUGAAAAAAAGUUAUAAAAUGUUCUCUGAACAAACGCCAUAAAAUUAAUUAAGAGCAUCAUUGAGAUUUCAAAAUAUUAAAAAAAAAAUUUGUAAAAAUACUAAAAAAAUGAUAAAUUACAAAAAGUUUGUGAAACAGAGAACUUCUGUUAUAGUUACUUCGACGACAGAACCUGAAAUUUGUACAGAUUUUCCCGAAACUCAUGAAAUAAAUUGAAAUUAUUUGAAUUAUUAACAAAAAACUGUUAAAAAUAGUGUGCAUUGAAGUUUGACGGUGAAUAUCUUCUGAACAGUGAGGUAUACAAAAAAAUUGUAAGAAACCUUUUUUGUAGGGAAUUCAAUUUCCUACGAAAAUAUGAUACACAUUUUUUUUUUAUAAAUAGUAGAUAUCGAGAUAUGUAUUUUUCUUCCUCACCAUAAGAAAAAAAUAGAAAACUGUGAGGCGGAGGACCUUCCUUUUAAAAUUAAGAGCUCAUACUUGGAGAAAAUGUUUUUGAGGUCUCUACCAACCAAGUUUUCGGAGUAGAAAGUGAAAAAAAAAAUAGUCGAUUUUUUUGGCUCACCCUGAUACAUAUAUUAUAAAACAAUUUCGUAUGAACGUUAACCACAUUUUGAAAAUAUUGAAUUUUCCUUCUUACCAAGUGGCAAUCAAUGAUUUGUCUUCAAACGGAAAUGUACUUCACCGACAGUCCGUUUGUUCAUAGUCCAAAUAUGUCUCUCAAAUUAUCUAAUUGAUACGUUUUAUUGUUUUCUCAUGCUUGUGGGCCAGCAUUUGAAAUGUAUAAUCUUUACUUUGUACGGUACAACGUUAACUUUGAAAUAAGCUAUUCUUUGAGGAAGAGGUGGAAAAGGUUCCGAGUUAAGUAAACAUGUCGCUUAUUUAGACAGGCAAGAAAGAUUACCGUUUUAAACCUGGUAAGAACAGACUAUUUAUUAAUCAGGAUACUGAAUACAGAAAAACUUUGUGGCUUCAUUCUUUUUAAUGCAUAUAGAAACCUGUUUCACAAUUUAGUAUGAUAUAUACGCGAUACAUUAACUUCGCAUUUAUAAUCAAUAAAUCUUUUUCCAUUUUAAUUUGUUUCGUCUUGAAAAUUUAUUUAAUUUAUACGUCUUGACAAAGGAUAUGGUUUAAUGAACUUGCUUGGAUCAAUUUCAGUACAAGUUUCAUAUUUGUUUGAAAUAAGUUACUACAUUACUUGUAUAGAUAUUUUUGUCCAACCAGACAGUAAAUGUUCUAAAAUGAAUUUCAUUUCUUGCUUGAAGACUUAUCUCUUGGUAAAAGUAUAUGAUCGACAUCCUUUAAUGACUGAUCAUUUGCAAAUUCAUAUCCAAUAGUAGUAUGUAAUCAGGAAAUGUUCACAUUUAUAUGAAGAAUCGAUAUAAGAGACUGAAUGUUCAAAUUUGUGAAAGAGUAAUAAAUAGUUUUUAUUUUCAAUAAUCGUCCAUGAUUCAAUCAUCAUUAGUACCGCUGAUGAUAUAUGUAUGUACGUAAUUAUACGGUUCUUAGAUUUGAUUACCCUAUUCGCAGUUGGGGUCACAAGAGUAAAAAACCAUACUGAAAAGAAAUUGAUUAAUUCCAAUUUAGAAAAACCCAACGCAGCGUUAUCAAUAUCAAUAAUAUGCUGUCCUUUAAAUGAAUUCUCAGCCAAAGACGGCGUUAUUUUGAAUGCUUAAGAUUUUAUUUAGAAAGACUAAUUAACAGGUCCCUUUCGUCUGUGUUAUAAAAUCAAAACAUAAGAUGCUUGCAGUUAGAAUUGAUUUGUUAUUUACUAGUUUUUUAGAUUAAUCAUUAUUUUUUAUGUUUUUUAAUUUCAUGUUGUGUUUUCUUAUUUUCGAUAUUCUUACAACUAGCUGCAGUUGCGUAGCAUGGCCUAACACUAGCACUGAGCUCUAAAGACUGUCAAACAGCUAAGACUCGAGGUGUUGAAAUACCAAUAAAAGUUCAAGGAACAA